CCAGUCUAGUAGGUGGCAGUAAUGCAACAUUUAUUGGAUGCCAACUGCGGUUAAACCUCAUCGAAGAAGAAGGUAACUGCAAUAGCUGGCUCUCUCUCCACCAGUCUACACUAAUGUUGACUGGAUACAAGAAUGUUUUCCAGAGAAUUCUGUCAUUGACCUGCAGAAGGAGCUACCACGAAAGCAUCUCUCAAACACUCGCUUGUUCCACUUUCUCUUCUCACUCCAAAUUGUCUGCCCUUCGCUCAUCCUUUUUUUCUGACCCCUCUCAUUGUAAUAAUAGGUCUUAUCAGCUUUCUACCCAUCUCCAUCUCUGUCAUUGCUACUCUUUUUCGUGCUCCCUUUCCCACUCUUCUCGUACAACAGGUCCAAUGGAUUUAAAGGAGGUUCUCAAGGUUCUGGAGGAGCUCGCCCCUCUAUCACUGGCAGAGUCCUGGGAUAACGUUGGCCUAUUAGUUGAGCCCAUUAAAUGUCGGCCUAUCAAAACCAUCCUGUUAACCAAUGACCUGACCGAUUCUGUCAUGUCGGAAGCAGAGGCCAUGAACUGCGAUCUCAUCAUCUCUUACCACCCCCCGCUGUUUCAUCCAAUCAAGUGCUUGGUUUCAAAGAACUGGAAGCAGCGAUUGGCUAUCCGGGCGAUUACGGCUGGAAUAGCAGUGUUUUCUCCUCACACCUCUUGGGACAGCGUCAAAGGAGGCGUGAAUGACUGGCUGGUUGGAGGAGUUGGGAGUGGCAAAGUUUCGGUGUUGAGUCAAGCCUUCAGUAGCGCCCCCCAGAGCCACAAACUGGAGUUUACAGCCAGGAGUCAGGAGGAGCUCAACACCAUCAUGGCAGAACUGAAGGGGACGAAUAGCGGUGUCAAUUUACAGCACACAGCUGUCAGCUCUGAAACUGAUGGCUUCUUCAUAAGUCUGAUCUGUCCAGACUCAGGGCUGACCCCCAGUGUUCAAACUCUAUUACAACACGCCACUCCCAGCCAGUCUCUCAGUAUCCUUCAAGUAAAAAAGCGUCCUCUCCCAGGCUACGGCCAAGGGCGACUAAGUGUUUUGGAUGAGCCCGUAACGGUGGCGGCAGCCGUCCAGCAAAUGAAAUCACACCUGGGUUUGAAUCACCUUCGACUGGCCCUCGGAGCCCAGCAAACUUUAGAGUCCAUUGUAAGCACUGUGGCAGUGUGUGCUGGGUCCGGAGGCUCAGUAUUGAAUGGAGUGAAAGCAGACCUCUACAUCACAGGUGAGAUGUCCCAUCACGAGGUCCUGGACUCCGUCGCUGCGGGUGCCAGUGUGAUCCUCAGUGACCAUAGCAACAGCGAGCGUGGUUUCCUGGCCGUGUUCAAGAAGAGGCUGGCAGGGCAUCUGUCCAACUCCAUUACCGUGGCGCUGUCACGGGCUGACAGGGACCCCCUGGAGGUGGUCUGAGAUGCUUAGUUUUUCCCCAACUGGCAGCCCACAUGCCGAAUCUAUUCCGCAGGUGGCUUUCUUAGCAAAUAAUGAAUUAAUUCAUAUUUAGACAUAAGGCUGUAAAAACAAGGAAAUCAACCGGAAGUGAUUUUUGUGUGUUUUUGGGGGGGGGUAAUCUGUUCAAGUAUUCCCACACAUAAUAGAGAUGUGAUCGUAUACUAAUGUAGGCAAGGUUUGAAAUGAUUAUGUGAAAUAUAUGUUUGGGCUUCUUCCUGUCUAUUUGCAGUCUACAAAUGAUUUGUAAUUAUGUUCCAGCCUUCCCGAUCAUCCCCUCAAGGAAAAAAAAUAGGACUGUGUUUGAAUCUAGUUGAUCUCUGCAUUAAAGGAUUUAAUAAAUAAUGCAAUAAUAAGGAAAUGCAGGACUAAUGUAUACAACUGAAUAAGGUAAUCCUUUGGGUGAUAUUCAAAGUAUGCAUCUACAGUAGUGGUCACCACAGCAUUCCUAGUCAAUCACCAAACCAUGUAAAAAAUUUUUUUAAUAUAUAUAUAUAUAUAUAUAUAAAUCCUUGCAUUCCUAUUUUUUAAAAUUUCUUUUGCACCGUUGGUGGUAGGUGAACUUGAUUCAGAAGUCCUAGCGCCCGGAAAGGUAGUGUUCCCAUUUUGAACUACUUCAUGUGUCUGAAGGUAGAUCCACAUACCCAGCAGGCCCAGAGAGCAAAUCAAGUGCACCUAUAGGCCUGUCACUGUCCAAUCAGAUAGCUCAGAUCACUGUCUGCAGUUUCCUCGCCAUAGACUGGAAAAAAAAAAAAUCAGCCUCGAACGCACAGAAAAGUUGAUACUGAGAUUUCAAAACUUUUAAAACCAUGACUAGAGACACAAACAGCAGCUCUGCUGUAUACAUUGAAUGUUUUAAGUUGUUAUUCAGCACUGUCAACACUUUAUAAGCCAUAAAAUGCGCAUUCUCCUAACUUCCACAUGCUGCAAUUAAUAAGUAUAAAAGUGUUCCGAUAAGCUUGCAUUAUUA